CAAAUUCAAAAGUUUUGUUGGAAACUAAAUUGUUAAAGCAAAAGAAUAUACAGUACACGAGUUCGAGAUUCGUGAGAAAGGUGUCUAGAGUACAUGUCAUAUCAUGUGCUGACCACGAGGCUCGCCAAGUCCCUGCAUGUUAGUCAGCACCCAAUCAACCUUUCAUAGAUCAACAUACCUGCAAGCCUGUCCCCCAUGCUUCUUGUUAAAUGUUUUCCUCAUCGAGUACUUGGGAUCGGGGACGAAAUGUGGGUUGAAUUCUGAGGUCUCCAAGGGAAAGCCGCGGAGGUUUCUUGGCGAGUCGAUACUGAGGGACGAUGGCUCGCAUGGAAGAGAUAUGGCACGAUCCCGCCUGCACAAGAACGAUCGUCAGGCAUGCAGGAGGAGCGGCAGUGAAGGAGGCACCUGGGCGGGGAAUAACCCCUGGAAGAGUCGUCGUCGUGUAUCUUCUUCAAGAUGACAGUAACAUCCUGCAUGCUCAGGUCACACGUUCCGCAAGAAAGAGUGCGAGGAAUUUACCUGAUCAAGUUUAGUCAAAUCCAAGCUCGAAGAGUAGGAGCUCGACUGCUGGCGACGGCUGGGACGAAGCAUAAGCCGGGCGGCGGCAGGACAACACAGUGAAAGGUCCAUACCUCCUACGAGCUGUGUGUGGUCGAGGACGAGGUUCCUCCUUCUUCUUCCUAGCCUUCAUCAUAGACAAGAUUCCAUGAACUGUCUCCUCCUCUUCCUCCACCUUCUCUUCAUGGCCCAGAAGCGCAGCAGGAACGGAUUUUAGAG